CAAAAUGGAGUGCGGGACGCGAGACAAGGACAGAAGACCAACGGAAGGCAGAGCCUCCCAUCCUCAGUGACAGAAACGAAGCAAGAGAGACAAACAGCUAUCUGAUAGAGAGAGCCAACUGCUUCGCUUCCUAAAAGUUCGGACGGCCCACCAUUCUGCCGCCAGAGUUUAUCAAAGUCUUCAAAGUUCCCAGAAACACCCGCGCCAACCUUCCAGACAGCUCGCGACGAUUCAUCCCAAGAGAAUCAUGGAGAUUUGUCAGUGUCUGCAAGUGACGGUCAUCCUCUUCUCCUGUCUGCUGCUCGCCACAGUGUGGUGCGAGGAGGAGCAACAUGUGUCCCAGCUUGAGGACCUGGCAGCUUCGCAACCACAAAAACGAUCAGUCGGGGAGAUUCCGUCGCAAGACAUUUCCUACCCAUCAGCCGUGAUGCCGGAAGAUGACGAUCUGGACAAGCGCAGCAGCCUCUUCCGGUUCGGAAAGCGGAGCUCUCUUUUCAGAUUUGGCAAAAGGGGAUCCCUCUUCCGCUUUGGCAAGCGAGGCUCACUCUUCCGCUUCGGUAAGCGCGGAGGAUCUCUGUUCCGAUUUGGGAAACGUGAUGACGAUGUGGACGAGGAGUACGAGAUGUACCCCUACGCUUACCUCGACGAUGAAGAUGUCAAGCGCGCAGUGAAGUCCUUUCACUGGGGUCGCGAGAUUGAAGAUUAGGACCACAACUCCUCAGCACUUGCUGCAUGCGGUCACGGGGGCGUUUGGUGGACUGACGAAAUAAACAGUUGGCUCUGAAGCUCUUUCCUCUUUUGAGUGAAAAAUAAAGAUCCUGUUGCUUAACAAACACAUUAUUACUUGUCACCUCUUUAACAGUCGAGGGAAACAUGCGCAAACAAGCCUACUGAUGACAAAAGAAUAUUACAUAAACACCUACAGCCGCUAAUCUACCCGACCGAUAAUGUAUUCAAAUCAUCACUUGAAAUGCAAAAAAAAAAAUUCACAAAAAUUCGUCCUAGUGAGCAUUGAUUGCUUUCUGAGAAAACAGUUCCUCCUUUAAACCUGAGAACUGUUUUCAACCGCAUGGUUAGCUACCGAUGGCUGUGGAGAUGUUUGUUGAAUGAAAACAUUUAGCCGACAAAUACUUGAAUUCAUUUCUCACAUGUUUCGAUUGAUUUCUAAGUGCAGUUGUCUACAAAAGUUAACUUUGUACCAUCUGUAUCAUACAUAUAAAAAAUGGCAUAUUCGAAUCAGGAAAGUGUUUCACGUUGCUGUUGAAGUGGUUCGUAUGCAUCUGGCAAAGAAAGGACUGCGAUCCGAAACAGUUCCAUCCUGAAAUUUAGUUGUGAACACUAAAAUAACAUACACGAGAAGUCAGCUGUCUAAUAAGCAAUAUAUGAAUGAAAUCGUUUCCAUGGUGACCAUUAAACUAGUGAAAAUCUG